AUGACACCCACCGACCAGCCGAAAGAUGCUUUUGUCUUUGAGACACCGGUCUUGCAACAAGCUCAAGCCCCUCCCGAGAAGUCCGAACUCCACGAGGAUGACCUCAGGGAUGCCACCAGCGAAGAACUUCAGACUCUGAGGCAUGUGGCUGAUCGGCUACCACGCAAAGUCUGGAUUGCUUUGGCGGCAGGCGGUGCAGAACGCUUUACUUUCUACGUCGUCUCCACACCAUGGCAGAAUUACAUGCAAAAUGCACCGGGCGACAGUGCCACUCCCGGGGCGCUUGGGCUGGGACAGUCACGGGCAACAACGAUCUUCAAUGCCUAUUACAUGUUUUCAUUUUUGACUCCGAUUUUCUUUGCAGUCCUAUCGGAUGCACGGCUGGGGAGGUUCAGAGUGCUCUGCAUCAGUCUGAGUUUGUACUUGUGCGGCACAUUAGUGCAGUUUGUGACUUCCCUGCCUUCCCUCUUUGAUCACGAUGCUGGAGUUGCGGGACUCGCGAUCUGUCUGCUGUUCAUCGGUAUGGGCGUCGGAGGAACGAAAGCGACAUUCACGCCUUUCAUUGGAGACCAAUACCCGGUCAAACCACCACAAGUCAAGACGCUACCAUCCAAGGAGCGAGUGAUCAUUGACAGAACUUUGACCUUGCAGUACAUAUACAACGUCUAUUAUUGGAUCACAAACGUUGCAGCAGUCUCCCUCAUUGCGGCAACCUACCUCGAGAAAGUGUACGGUUUCUGGUCAGCGAACCUUCUUGCAUUUUGCUCAUCCUGGGUGGGUCUUGUUUGCCUUCUUACAUCCAGCAAAGAAUUCGAGAAGCUGCCAGCUCAAGGUGGCGUCUUGCUCAAGGCUGGCAAGCUCCUGGGAUGCGCUAUCCGAGGUGGGUUCAGCCUCCGUGCUGUACAACCCGAGCAUCAGCUGCAGAUGCAUGGACGAAUCGUCCCAUGGACUAACGAGUUCGUCCUGGAAAUUCGAAGUGGACUACGUGCAUGCGAAAUUAUGCUUUGGUUCAUCCUAUUCCAAACCGGCAUGAAUCAAAUGAACAGCAAUCUGGUCUCGCAGGCGGGACAGAUGAAGCUUGGAGGUUUUCCGAACGACGGCAUCCAGGUCUUGAACCCAAUCGCCUGCGUACUCCUUGGACCGUUGAUCCAGAAAUUCCUGUACCCUGGACUGGCCAGAUUGCGCAUACCAUUCGGACCUGUGAUGCGCAUAGCCGCAGCUUUCACGAUGAUGGCGGCGACUUUUGCCUAUGCUGCUGGUGUGCAAAAGAUGAUCUACGACUCGGGCCCUUGCUACGAUGCACCUGUCAAGUGUCCCGCGGCCUCAAGACCUGGUCAGCAGCCUUUGCCGAACGACAUCACCGUGUGGAUGCAAACUCCACUGUAUGCGUUGCUCGCUUUGGCGGAGAUCUUCGGCUUCGUCACGCUCAGCGAGUACACAUACAGUAUGGCACCUAGAGAUAUGCGCACCGUGAUGCAGUCACUGCGACUACUGAGCGCUGGCGUUGGGAGUGCCAUCGGUAUAGCUCUUGGUCCAGUUUCUCACGAUCCGAAUAUGAUCUGGCUAUAUGCUAGCCUGGCUGUUUGCCUGGGAGUCAUGUCUCCGAUACUCUGGGCGGUCGUAGGCCAUCGCGACAAAGAGGACAAAGACGUCGAUACACUUCUCUUGGAACAACGUCAACAAGAAGGUCGCACACAAUGA